GUAUUCCCACUAUAUUCCCAUUGUUUUUCUGUGUUAACAAAAAACCACAGCUGAGCUAGGUACGCACAAGAGAGCAAUUACUUAGCAAUUUCUAAAAAAGCGUUAAAAAAUAAAAUAAAAUAAAAUGCCUGUGGACUGGUUUGGUUAUGUAUACGCUGCAACAGUUGCCGCUGGCGGAAUAAUGGGCUAUGCGAAGGCUGCUUCCAUUCCCUCGCUUGGAGCGGGCGUUGCAUUUGGUGCGCUGCUUGGCUAUGGCGCUCACUUAAACUCCCAAGAUCCACCACGGCCGCUGCUCCAAUUGGGAACAUCGCUAUUCUUGGCUGGACUAAUGGGUGCGCGCUGGAAUCGAUCUGGAAAGAUGAUGCCAGCUGGAAUGGUUUGCUUGCUUUCCAUGGCUGCUUUAGUCAAAAACUUGGUCACAUAUAAUCGUUACUUGCCACUGCCUACAAAGGGCGCCUAAUCAACAACAAACAACAAGCAACAACAAGUCUGGAUUGCUGUUAAACUUGCCGAGAGAUUUUCAAAAAAUUUAUUUUUACUUUCCUGAGAGUGCAACUAAAAGUUUCAAUGGUUUACGGACUUAUAAGAAAUUAAUUGGAUUAUUAACUACGAGAUACCCUGUAAACAGAACAUUCAUGCGU